AUGGAUGUAACGGUAUUCUAUGUCUCUCCUUGGAUGAUGUUAGGACUCAUUUUGGGCACCGUGUACUUCGUGCUGGUGUUAUUGGGCUACGAAAAUCGUAAUGAGAAUAAAACGAGGAAAAAAUCAGAGGACGUUUUAACGUCAUCGACAAGAACCCCCAGAGAUGUCACUGGGCAGAAAAAAGUGCAAACCGCAGAAGAGAAACCUGGUUUUGUCGUGCAGCGAAAAGAAUCAGACGAGGACAAAUCAGGCGCAAGAAGGCAAAUUGACGAAACCUGUUCUUAUCAAAGAUCCUCUUCUUAUCAAACCACAACCGCAUUCGACGCAAGAAAGUCGAAAGUCGCACCUGUUGACAAUGAGAAAGGAGGAGAAUUACAAGUUGAAAAUAGUCUUGAGGCUUCGAAGAUUGAAGACAUUUUGCAAAGUCAAGAUGCUCUGUACUUGCAAGAGUUCGAUGUCCCUGAAGGAUUCAUCUCCCAGAGACUGCGUAUCAGAGCAAGUUCCCAUGGUAGCGAUCAUUCCAGGGAAGAUUCUGAUGAAACUGUGGAAAAAACUGACGGUUUGGAAUCAUCGACAGAUAAAGAAACCGAAUUAUGUGAGAUUGUGUCGGAGACAGUUUCUAAUUCGGUUGGUUCGGCCCCUGUAGGACAAAUUUUUAAUGAUACUGUUGUACCUGACAUUAAUGAGCAACCAACCGAAUCGAACGAUGCCAUGGAAUCCACAGCUAUAAAGGAAUCAGGUAUAUUUGGGGACUUUGCAGAUCUCAUGGUCGCCAAGGCUAAGGAGGGUGCAUUUCAUAAAAUUGAUCUUGAAUCAAAAGCAAACAUUUAUGCAGAUGAAAUUUCCUCUCGGAUUGUCUCUGAUGCUAUUGGGCAAUUUGCUAACAGUUCUCUUUCUGGUCCUGAAGACUUUGAUACCUCAGAGGUUCAGGAAUUGCAUAGUUUUGCUGAAAAUGUUGUUAAAUCAUUAAUGGAUGGAGCUUCUGAUAAUGUAUCUUUAUUCAAAGAUGUUGUGGCAUUUGCCCAAGACGUGAGUGAACAAGUUAUUCUUGAAGGAAUAGAACAAUAUACCACAACAGAAAAGUUAAAGCAAGGGAGAAGGCAGAAGAUAUCUCUCAGUGAAAUGAAAUUAUUCAGUGAAGGCAUUGUAAGUGAAGUUGUGUCAGAAGGAAUUGAAGAAGCCAUCAGAGAAGGCGAAAAUGUUAAAGGAAAUAAUUUUGCCGGUAACAGCGUGUUGGAACCAGGGUAUGCUGACUUAGCGGAUCAAACAGUGACUGUUUCAAGCUCAAUACAGCCUCAGAUCUGUGGCAUUGUUGAAAAUUUGGUAAAUGGUGCAAUAUACGAAGCUUUAUUACGAGCAAAAGCACAAUGCAGUGAGAAAUCAUUAGAGGAUUCUAAACUUGAGGGGUGUGGGCAGGAAAUUCUGGAAUCUCAGGUCAAUGAUACAGGGCAAGAAUUAAUCGUUUCUACAUUGCACCAGGCUGCUGACUUAAAAGAACUGCAAAGUCAAGAGAGAGAUGAACCUAAUCGGCAAGACAAAAGUGAGCUUGAAUCACAGAUGGAAACAUUUGUAGAUGACACUUUGGAUGCAGCAGUCACUGAGGCUGCCGGGAAGGUUCAAAUUGAACAGUGUGUUUCUGAUCAGGAGGGAAAAGUGUUGAAUGGUCAUGUAGAUCUUACUCUUGAACAAGAUGUACACCAGCAAUCUGAUAAUUUUCAUCAAAUUUCUGUCAAAUUAGCUGAUGAUGAUGAAAAAACCAAUGAAACAGAGGAUCAAGGAGUUGAUUUAGUGCCAUCAAGGGAAUGUAUGAACGGAAAAGAGUUGAAUUUAAAAGAAACAAAAACCAACGAACAAAAUGAUUAUUGGAGGAGAAGUUUGAUAAUGGAUUUGGAAGAUAAUGAAGAAUUUGACGAGAGCUUUGAAAGUGAAAAAUCUCGACCAAGCGCAGAGAAGGAAGCAGUUUCUGACGAAGACGAAAGUGAAGAAUUUAUUGACUCCUCAGAAGAUGAAGUGAUCGAUCAUGCAGAGGAUGCAAAGUUGGGUGCUGUUGGUGGGUCAAGUGCCACAAAGUAUAAAGAUGGCAACAGUGAUGCUGAUGACAUCUCUGAAGAUGAGUUAGAUGAUGAUAAUGAUGAUGAGGAGGAAGAUCUGCUCUUUGCUGGACAGACAAUGGUGGAUGGGCUAUGUGUGAGCAAACCUAAAGAAAAGAGGAAAAGUAGGAAGAAAUCAAAAUCUCUCCCUAGAGCAAGAAUAGAGUCAGGUUGGUACUUGUGGGGAGGGGAGGGGAAGGAAGGAAACCUUUCUUCCCCACACCCUCCCUGCUCUUUAAAUAUAUAUUCAAACCCAGUUAAUACACAAGAGGCCAUUCAAUUCCUCAAGGCCACCUGUAGACGAUUUAUCUGAGCGUGUGGCAGAUAAACAACUGUCACAGAAGAAAUAAUAUAAAAGUCACUGCCAACAACAGUCCUAUUCAAGACUACAUUCACCUGGACGAUCAUACUCUGUUUACAUAGUAACAUAAUGUUAUGUGAAUAAUUCUUUUGUGAUUCAGGCUGAUUUGUCUGAUAAUGAGAGGGUCAUUUAUUGGUUCAAAAGGCUUAUUCAAAAAGUUCUUUGAAUGAGUCAAUGAAUUGUGUGCAAUUGUAGGUGACCAUAUAUGUGCAGUACUACAGUAAAAACCCACAUAUAAGAACCUAGAGAUUUAAGAACCUACAGGCUUGAAUUUGGCAUUUGAAUACCCAAAAAUAUAAGAACCUUUUCAGCCUGGCAAAGGAAAAUAGGUUCUUAUACAAAAAUGAUCACUUCAAUUUUGAUGGUCAAAAUUCUCGAUUUUAAUUUUGUGAGAAACUUUUGACAAAAGGUUAUUGUGUAUAUGUUUUCUUUGAUUUACAUUUGUUUGGAUUUUCACUAGAAGUAUGGUUUCCAUAAAGCUACCAUGCAAUAUAGACGAUUCAAUAUCUUAAUAUCUUAUUUUAAAAAUAUAGAAACGUAUUGAUAUUCUUCUUGGACCUUGAUUGUUUGCCAUUAUGUAUUAUAAGUAGUACAAUAUUUCUGCCAAUGGUUACGCUAUGACAACCUCUGAAAAAUAAGAACCUUUUAAGAACCUAAUCAGCGUGAAUUGUGAAAAACUACCCUAACAUAUAAGAACCUGUUCAGCCUGAGGUCAAAAAUUCUAGGUUCUUAUAUGUGGGUUUUUACUGUACUGUCUUGGCAACAAGAUUGCAUUGAAACUAUGAUAUUUUCUCUCAGCCAGGCAUAAUGCCAUUAUAGAAGCCAGCUGUUUGCAUCCUCAUUUCUAAAUUAGCUGAUUGUGUGGGGAAGAUUUGUAUGGUAUCAUUGAAAACCACCAAAUAAUUAGGUGCACAAAAAAGUAUGUGCAUGUAACUGUUUAGCACUUUACAGUAAAUAUUUCAAAGGUGAAAAUCAUCUACUGCACUCAAAAAAUUAGAAUAAAGAUGUUUUUUGAGACUUCUAGCUGAUGAUUUGGUGGUAGCUAUAUUGGUUGCUAUUUUUUUGAGGGACAUGUAUAAUUUUUUAGCAGGUGCCAAACAAAGAGUGUCAAACACUCAGUUUGGGCAAUCACCAGCUCUUGCUAGUAAUUUUCCCAUUUCCUUGUUUCUUGGGCUACUGAUGAAAAGUGGACCUUAAGUGCAGAUCAGUUUCAAGCAAAACACUAACAAUGUCCUGUAAGUAUAGAAAAAGAGAAUAAAUUCAUUGAAUGUCGAUCAGACUUCAGAGGGUAUUCAUUCGUUCAAUUCUACAGUUAUGUUUCAUAUGGUCAAAAGAUGACCACACUCAUCAGGGAAUUUUAACGAAUGACCCGUACAUUUCAACACUGGCAGCUGUAUUUCAAUGUGGAGAUGAUAUUGUAAUCAUUGUAAAACUAAGAAGCACAUGGAGAAUGAUAGCACAAUAAAAUGUUUUUCAUCAUUAUGUUCAUCUCAGUCAAAUUGAAUGUUGUCAAUAUUAUUUUUUAGCUGGUUCACACUACAACCAGGCCGUUGUGCUUGACAACGGAUCUGCAAUCAUUAAACUCGGCAUAGCUGGGGACAGGAAGCCCAGAGUCGUACAACCAGCUUUGUACGGAAUCCCCAAGCGAUACUCAUUACAAAUGGCUGGUAUGGACAAUAGGAAGGACCGGACAUAUGGAGAUGGGGCAGCAAUGAGAGCAGGAGUUAUGCAGCUAGGUAAUUCUUUAUGCCCCAAUAUCAAUGUAGAAAUUCUCCAGACUGAUUCUCAUGCAUUUCCUUAAAGAAUUGUUUGAGAGGAUUUGAUAAAAGAUCAAGAAAGUAUAAUUUUUACUUUGGUGAUCAUUUCAUUAACUCCCAUAACCUUUUUGUUUGAUGAUGUAAUGUUACAGAAAGCUAUUCUGAUCUAAGUCCCAAGAGUUUUCUUAUAUGGGAGAUUUAACCCUUAAUAUUAGCAAUCCACACAGAUCUACUUGCAUUUCCUGUAGCUAUGAUGAGGAGAAUUGGUUCUACAAUCAAGAGCUUUUCUAUCUUGUUAAUCACCUCCUAGCAAGCAUUUCCAUUUGUUUUCCGAGCAAAGAAAGAGCGAGGAACCGGAUUUUCGGUUUUGGCCAAGCAAGAAAUGGAAUGAGAUCCAAAAAAUGAAAGAGGGGGGAGGGGAAGGAAACCUUCCCCCCCCCACUCUUUUGCUCACACCAUUUUUCACUUGGUCUGUGACUCUCAUUCCUUGUUCCUUGCUCUGAAGCCAGACAGAAACACUUGCUAUGCAGGCCAGGUGAAACUGGAUGUUAGUUACUGAUGGGAGGUAAAGAGUUAGCGGUUGUAGAAUCAAAGCUGUCAUUAAGGGCUGGGAGCAAGGACUUCCCCCAGCUUCUACCAAUGUGAAUACUGGCUACUUUCAUCGAUGAAAAGAAGAAAAAUGGCUAGCUGUUCGAUUCCCUAUGUGCAGGUUGUAUGAUUUUAUUGUUAUGACUUGAAAUAUUAGUGACAACCCUGAACAAUGAAGAGGGCAACAGGUUAUAUUCAAAGUUGGUCUAACUUUUGAGUCUGUUAAAGAAGACCAUGAAACAAGAAAUAAUUUGAAAUUUUGAUGUUUUUAGAGUACCCAAUGAGCGGUGGCUUCCUUGAGAACUGGGCUGAUGUGGAGGACAUCUGGGAAUACAUGCUUUACAGUGAAUUAGGAAUUGAGGAAGGAAAUCAUCCUGUACUGGUCACAGAAGUGGCCAACACAUCCAGAAGGGAUAGAGAGAAAAUGGCUGAGGUACGUUGCAUUGCAUCUUAUUGUGGUGGAGAGGUUUAUAUGCCUUGGUGAUCCUGAAGGCUAUACCAGUUGGGGCCUCAGUUGACUUACACUUGAGGGUUACUACAUAGAUUUGAUGAAAUUUUGAUUCACAUUUUUCCUAGCUUUCCCUGCUUGCUGUUGAAGUUUAAUUAAACGAAGAUGCAUAUUUUCCCUAGUCCAUGGGGGAAAGGGACUAAGUCAAAUACUUUUAAGAUCAAGGCCAUGUGGUUAAAAAAAGGCCAUACUUGAGACUGUUUUUUUUUUAAUUUUUUUUUUUUGACAAAAAUUAUCACUUUGGCACCUGGCCCUUGAAUUAAUACAAUAAAUUGAUUUUUUUAAGAUUACCAACAUGACCAACAUAAUGUCAAGUUAUGCAUGACAACAAACCAACAAAUAAGUAGAAAGCAAAUAGACUUGGCUCAUCUAAAAAGAAAUAUAGAAGAGGAGUGAAAAAGAUUAACCCUUUCACUGCCGGAGUGUUUGAUCCAGUUUUGUAAGGUGACUCUAACUUUUGAUUCUGCGGACAAAAUCCUAUGAUGUGACCAUUCAAAUGAAAGCUCUCUGCCUGUACUUAAACAUGGUGCUGUUUGUUUGUCAAAAUUUUAGAAAAUGAAAUUUGGAAAUUUGGUCGAAAUUUGCCUUUGGCCACAUUUGGCAGUGAAAGGGUUAAAGAGAAGUGUGUGGGAUGAUUUGGCGGGAGAAAGGAGUAACAUUGUUAUGAAAUCACUGAUUUUGAGGUUACAGGUUUUAUUUUUAUUUACUUAUUUUUUAUAUUUUUCUUUAUUAACAGGUUCUUUUUGAGCACCUCGGUGUUCCAGCAAUGUAUCUUGCCAAUCAACUGGUCCUCUCGCUGUACGCAUCUGGUUUGACACAAGGCCUAUGUUUGUCUUCUGGGUCUUCUGUAACACAGGCUGCGGCAAUUUAUGAAGGAUAUGUUUUAGCAUAUACUGUGCAAGAACUUGACAUUGGUGGAAAAUUGCUAACUGAUAAUCUGCAAAAGCUUCUGAGGGAGAAUAAAGGCCAUAUCUUAAAUUCGUCAUCUGGAUGGCAGAUUGUAAAUAACAUGAAAGAGAGCAUGGCGUAUGUUUCACAAGGUACAUAAAAAGAAAGGUAAAGGCGCACACGAGCCAAAGGCCCAAACGGCUGGAGCUUAUUCCGGUUUCCUGGCAGGCUAACACAGUGGUGAAGAGAGACAAAGUGGAGUAAAGUUCCUUGUCUAAGGAAACAAUGCGACGAGCGAGGCUUGAACCCCGAACCUCCUAGUUCGGAGUUCGAGGUGUUGACCGCUCGGCCACACACGCCUCCAUCAGAAGAUAGAGAGCAGAAACGCAUCGUAGAAUUUCGUUUAAUGACUCAAAAGUUAGAACCACCCGCACAAUUAAGGGCUUACAAGACUCCACAAUUCACUUCGGAAGCAAAAAAGUCUAAUCCUUAUGUCUCUGUUACAGAUUAUUCUUCCGAGAUGAAACAGUUUAAAACCAGUGACGCGCUAACUCAGUUUUACAGCCUUCCAGAUGGUCAGACAGUGGACAUCAGCAGCGAAAUGAUCACCACUCCGGAACCUUUAUUCAAUCCAGAGACUCUCCUUGGUGCAGACGACACUAUCGCUUCUCAGCUUCCCAUCCAUAAGUUGGUGAACAACGCGUUUGCAAGGUAUAUUGUGUUUUUAAUGAGCCUUAUAUGUCAUCUUUUUUUUUAUCUUCAUCUUUCCCGGGUAUAUUACCAACCAAUUUAAUGACCACCUACCAGUAUGCCUUUUAGCUCAAUUUGUUAGAGCGCUGCACCGGUAUUGCAGAUGUCAGGGUUCGAAUCUUUUUCAGGCUCUCUUUUCGCAACGGAAUAAGUUACGUUUUUAACCCGUAAACCCUAAGAUCAUAGUUUGAAUUCUCAUUUGUUGCCCCUAUUCAUUUCCUACAGAAGUAGUGGGGAGAUGUUGAUAAAAUAUCAAGCUAAUUCAUCUUGUGUGAUCAUGUUCGUAAUUCUCAUGACUACUCUGUUUUACAAAGCAUUGAUAUUACAAGGAAAAAUUUGACGCUGAUCACUCUUAGGGCUUAAACGCCUUCAAGGAUUAACUGCGAUGAUCUACUUUGCAUGUAUUCCUUUUAUUGGUAAUACGCGACUGAAUUUCUUUGACAAUGACAUAAAGCCUAGUAAAUGCCCCACAAAAAAAAAAAAAGGAAAACAAACACGAGCCUUAUUGGCCAGAUGGUGUCCAGUUCGAAUCGCUUGAACCGGCGCUUUUUGGCCAUAUUUACAAGGGCAAAUGGGUAAACAGAUCCCUUGCCAAGACGAUAUAUCGUACCAAAUCGCGCACAAGGAAAUUGCUGCGUGUAUCCACCUCCAAAUGUACUCUGUACCUGUACUUUAGUUCCGCUUCGUAGCGAGCGAUGAAACGUGUAGCUUUCCACAUCUCGCUUACACGACAUUUUCAUUCGUGAGCUUAAGCCGCGAGCGGGUAGACGUAUAGUAACCGGAACUCCUGUUGGAUGACGUCAUCGAGUUAAACCACUGAAAGGUAGGAGAGAUCAACUUCCGGUGGUUAUAUUUGACGUACGGGACGUGGAAGUUCUCGUUUUUAGUGAGUUUACGUAAAAGGACGGCAAAAUGCUCGUGUGUGACAAACGUGACAGGGCUAUUACUUGCGUGUUUUGUCGUGAUCUUCACUUAACAUUAAUGUUUUCAGGUCUUUUACAAAAAGACCUCUUUAAAGGAAAGUGAAGUUAUUUCAAACAAAAUUAUUGUGUCGCUUGUCGCUCAAGGUUUGCCGUCGUCUUCCCUUUCCCAUCCUGUUCCGUAAGUUCACUAUCAGCAAAGCAAUAACUCUGCACUUGAGUUUUAAAUUUUACGUAAAUCAUUAGUCCAGAAUUCCUGUGAUUUGAACCUGCCUUACAAUAGCCGCAACUGAAACUGCCGCUUAUGAACCCCCCUCUCCCUCCCCUCCCCAGUUUUAAGCCCGUCUACCUGUAAACACAAAAAUACACCCGAUUAUUAGCUCUCCCGCUCGGAAACUACCCACCUACCCCUCCCCCAAGCCAACAUUAACACUUACUUCUCACUUAGGGCAAAAUGUUGGCUUAGGGGAGGGGUAGGUGGGCAGUUUCCAAGAAACCUAAAUUGAGCCAUUGUAAGCCCUCCUCUGAUUUUGAUUUAUUAUGACGUUUUGAAGCUAAAGUAAAGACCAGUAAAUGCAAAACUUUAUUUUUAUCAGCACAGCUGUAGCUUGUUUCCAAGCGCCUUUUCUAUUCCGGUCACAAAUCCCCUUCGAUAUAAGCCCCUCCGUUUAUGACCCCUCCUAAAACCCCUUACGAAGAUGUAUGAGCCACCUACCCCUCCCGUAAGCCAACAUUUACACUUACUUCUCUCUUAGGGCAAAAUUUUGGCUUAGGGGAGGGGAUGGUGUUGGGCUCGUUAAAGCAUCCCAUUCAACACUGCCCAACUUUUUUAUCCAUGAAUUUGUUGAGCACACUGCGCAGCAUGGCACAAUCAAGUUUUUGUAACUCAGAAAAGUGCUACACGUAUGGUCCUGUCUUUAAAUGCAUAACCCCCGCUAAACACAAUGGUUGAUUUGUCUUUCGUUUUUUCACAGAUGUGCUCCCGACUUACGAGACACCAUCCAUCGCAAUGUCGUUCUAUCUGGUGGAACGACCCUCACGAAGGGACUGGUUCCAAGGCUGGAACACGAGCUCAGCAAAAUCAAUCCAAAGAUACGCUCACUUCGUGCGCCUGAAAACAGGAUGUAUUCCCCAUGGAUCGGGGGCUCAAUUCUGGGGUCCUUGUCAACGAUGGAUAACAUGUACGCUACGAUUGAUGAAUAUGCAGACUACGGGGGGAGAAUUAUAAAUCAGAAAUGUUUUUAAGGUGGACGAUUGUUGUUUAAUGAAUAAUUUUUUAACGAAAAAUCUAGGAGUAUGUGCACGUUCUCAUCGUAUACACCUAAUUCCAGAAUGUUGCCAAAAUUCAACCUCGUUUCCAGCGUUCUAUACUAUCCGACUCUCGCGCGCCGUAGGAACGAGCAGGAGAGAACCCUGGAAACGAGGUUGGCCAAAAUUAAUUUUCUUUUUAUUAGCCCUCUUUGCUUCGAUUGCAAAACCUUCUGCAGAAUUCAAAAGAUCCUUUGCGUUGAAACGAGACAUCGACGGCAAUUAGCAUGAAGAAAAAAUAUAGCUGGAUUUACCACCAUUUUGGAUAAUGGUGUUUACGUUGGCGUGCACCUAAACGAUUAAGGGUCAUUAAGGAAGUCUGGGUUGCCGCGGUCAGUGAAUAGUUAAGAAAAUACGUUUAAGUUGGGGAAAUCUUAGUUACCGGCAAAUCAAGUGAAAAGGGGAGGGGUAGGUGGGCAGUUUCCAAGAAACGUAUAACACUAACAUGUCGUGAAAAACAGAGAGAUUGAAAAUAAAGGGAAUAUUUAUGUCCUGGAAAGGAACUGAGAAAGUUCAAGUUUCUAAGUAAAUCUUGUCCAGGUCAAGGAUUUGUUUUCAUUUCAGCGAGUGGCAAACCCGCCUAUACAAAUAUAAAUACAUUAAUAUAAGAAUUACUUGAAAAUAUCGCAUUACAAUUACGUAUUAAUCCCAGAAAAAAGAUGGGAAAUGAAACACAAUUUAAACCAUGACUUCAGCUGUUAUUUUAAUGUAGUAGCUUCAAGCUCGUGGACUUUUCCUGAAUUUAAUGUAUCAGUCAAAUCGAAGCUCCAACAUCACCCUAGACAACCCCCCGGGGCUUUAUAAUUUUUGGAAAAUUAGUGUUAAAAUUCCCCCCUCCCCGGGCCAAAAAGUCGUUCAAAUACCCCAUCACAGGUCCAUUUUAGGAGACGCUGGGGAUUCUAACUCAGUGCCGGAUCCGGACCUUGAGAUAAGGGGGAGGGGGGGGCGGUCAUCCAGACCCUUAGAUAAGGGGGGCCCGGUCUUCCAAAAAAAUUUUUUUCGGGCCCCCGGGCCUCAGUCUGGUCUAAAAAUAAGGGGGGAGCUUGGGCCCCUCCCCUGUAUCCACCACUGUUUUCCCACCCUUAUGCAUAGGAAUCAAAUUCCCUUCACUGGGGAAGUCAAAGGUGUCAAUUCCCUGGCGUAAACCGGGAGACCGUGGUGCUGAAGCUUCCGCAGUUUGACCGAUACUCCAGUAAGUCGAGAGAAAAGAUGCAAUUUCUAGAUUUCCUAAUUGGUUCCUAUGGUUGAAGUUAUUGACAUCCGCGGUGAAUUACGUCGGGUGAACACGAGCUUUCGCCUACAACCGACACCCAUAUUAUGUUGUAUUGUCAUAUGGAACCCCUGCGUUAUAUGUAACAGAACCAUUGCAGUGAGUUUUACCAUAUUCUAGUAUAUCACCCACCUAUUUGGAGAAGGGAGGCUGCCACCGUGACCUCCCUGACCCACCCCGGCCGGAGCACGUAGACUUGUUCCCAUCCGUUCCAUUUUUUCGGAGAAGAAAUCGUUGAAAACGAAUUGCGUCAAGGGAAAGCUGAAGGACCUUCGCAGCUCUCCUUGCAAUCAUCAUCUUGACACAGCUGGCCCUUGUUUUUCAAAAUGAGUGUCAAUUCGAAGUCUUGGUUAGGAAGACAUUGCUUUUUCUCGUGCAAGUAAAACUGAUUUUCACAUGGAAGGUAUCACUCGAACUUGUUUUGCAAAUGAAGUUGAGAAUGACCCAUUUCUAUCCAGCCUUUUGUCGUUUUUUUUUUUUUAACUGGGAACGACUCUGUCUUGGAUAUGCUCGGAAACAUGACGUGCUUAUUAUUUGGAGGGUCCAUGUGGCAGCUCCCAUUAGGAUUUUUAUAAGUGGUAUAAUGCUUGUUUGUACAAUGAAUACAAGUAUUUUUAGUAUUUUUUUUUUUAAAAUAACUUGUUUCUUUCUCGUCGUCAAAACAACGAGAU